GUACGUACUGUAGUACUUUAUAGGUGUAGGAAAUAAAGUAAUUGUUUUUUUUUCCGUUAAAAAACUUUGAUCCCACUACCUUUGCACUCAUACAACUGUUACAGGCACUUAGCUUUGAGACUCUUGUUUUCUAAUAUAACCCCUCUAAUCAAACUCCCAACAAAAACAGCUAAACAAAAUGCCAAAAUCUUACAAACAGCUUGAACAAUUCCUACUAUUUUCCACCAUUAUAUUCCAAUUGCAACAAAUAGUCACCUCAUCAUCAUCUUCUUCAUCUUCAUCUUCAUCUUCAUGUGAUCAUGGUACUGACAAGAGUGCUGUAAUAUUCUCCUUCCCAACCUUCAACACUACAAACUGCAAACCAGGGGGAGGCCUUUUGUGCAUGGGAGCAACAACUGCAGGAGAAGGGUUCUUGAAUUUGACGUUGGCGAAUUCGACAUCGUCAAACUUGUCAUCAUUGGAUUAUAAUUCUUUUGCUAGAGUAUUGUACCAUAAACCUGUUCAAGUAUGGCCAGCUUCAUUCUGUACAAGCUUCUCUUUUAGAAUUUACCCUCAUAUUGACCAGUUCGAGCUUUCUGGUGAUGGAAUGACAUUUGUUAUGGCUACAGAUCCUUCCCCUGUAUCCAGCCAUGGCUCUUAUCUUGGUCUCCAGGAUCCAUUAUUAAAAGGCAACUCCGAUUUCCAACAACUAGCAAUCGAAUUCGACACAUACAAGAACGAGUGGGAUCCUGAUGACAAUCACAUUGGAAUUGAUACAUUGAGUGCAUUGAAAUCUCUAGCAACAAAGAGCCUAAAUUCAUCCAACAUCGAUCUAAAAAGUGGAAAACAAAUCAAUGUCAAGAUAGAAUAUAAUGGGAGGACAAAAGAGCUUCAAAUAUAUGUUGGUUAUGAAGGAAAACCACUACAAAGUUUCCUCAAUUACCCAAUAAAAAUCUCAAGGAAAGUCCCAAGAAAUGUAUACAUAGGUUUUACUGCAGCAACUGGACUCCUUGCUGAGACUCACCAACUACUUGAUUGGGAGUUCACUUCCACCAUAUUGUCAGAUAAAACUUUGACAGAUAACAGGAAAAAAUGCAUGAUUAUUUUUGCAAGUGUUUUACCUGUUUUAGGAGGAUUAGCAUUAUUGGCAGUGAUUACAGUUCCUGCCAUGCGACAGCGAAUGGUUAAGGAAAGGGAGAGGAUUAGGAGAAUGGAAGAUCUUGAGAGGCAGUAUACUGCAGCUGCCUCGGCUCCUAGGAUGUUUACUUACAAGCAGCUUGCUAAAGCUACUAAGAAUUUCAGCCAGGAUAAUUUGUUAGGAAGUGGUGGUUUUGGGAGUGUUUAUGAAGGUCAUUUUGUGGAUCCCCCUCAGACUAUUGCUGUCAAGAAAAUUUCAGCCACUUCUGAACAAGGUGAGAGGGAAUAUUUGGCAGAAAUAUGUACCAUUGGGCGCCUAAGACACAAGAAUAUAUUGCAACUCCAAGGUUGGAGUCAUGAGAAUGAACAUCUUCUUCUCAUAUACGAUUUCAUGGCCAAUAAGAGCCUUAAUGAAUAUCUUACAGGACAAAACUUCCUAGAUUGGAAAACCAGGUGCAAAAUACUAAAUGGUUUGGCAUCGGCACUAUUGUACCUUCAUGAAGAAUGUGGUGACCCUGUGGUUCAUAGAGAUGUUAAGCCUAGCAAUAUCAUGUUAGACGCCGAAUUCAAUCCCCAUCUAGGUGAUUUUGGGCUUGCUAGAUUGCUUAAGAACACGGCAGGAGUCACCACAAUACUCGCCGGAACACUAGGGUACAUGGCCCCCGAGUUGAUUUACACAGGCAAGGCAACACCUGAGUCGGAUGUCUAUAGCUUCGGAGUGGUGGCGUUGGAGGUGGUGUCUGGAAAGAGGGCGGUUAACAACCUCAUAGGGGAAACCUGCUUAGUAGACUAUGCAUGGGAUAUGCAUGAAAAGGAUACUUUGGUGGAGUGUGUGGAUCCUGUGCUAGAUGGGGUUUUUGACAAUGAAGAAGCUAUAAGGAUUUUACGUGUGGCUCUUGCAUGCUUGCAUUUGGAUUCAAACUUGAGACCUACUAUGAGAAAGGUGGUAAUGAUUUUGACGAAUCCAGAUGAACCGCUAUCAGAACUCCCUGAUACUCGUCCUAAAGGAGUGUAUGUGUCACUUUACGGUAUUGCUAAUCCAUUCAGUGUGACUAAUCCUUGCAUUAGCUAGAUAACAUUGGAAAUCCAAUUUUCUACAUUAAUCUUUGGCUCACCAAAGUUUGUUCCUAGUAGUGUACUUUGUACAUAACUUAGUGUACGACUAUAAUAAGGUUGAACA